GCAUACAGGGACUGUGGAAUGGUAACUGACAAAUAUCUCGUUAUGUUAGCUGGACUGAAGCAACUUGUCGCUUCUAGUAUGUCGGAGAACUGCAGAAGGCAUUGUAGUUGGCUAACCGAGCUCAUUGAAGAGAUUCAGAAGUGUCUAACAAUCAGACUUGAAGACGCGAAAUCAAAUUAUGAAGACAACGACACCAAAUACACAGAUGCGUUCGUAAGGUUAUCAAAACUUCGUCAGGAUGUCGAUUCCAUUCGUAAAGAUAUGGAACUAAAAUGUUCCAAGAAAUGCGAUGAAAUGGCGGCUAAAAUGCAUGACCAUAUUCACUCUCUUGAUGUGCAAGCUCAGCUUAAAGGAAGAAUUAACAUUGAUAUAGCACCAGAUGAAGACCUUAUUAAAAUGUCAGUACUACAACAAAUAGAAAAAUUGAUGGUAGAAGAAGUUAAAGAUUUUGAAAAAAGGGAACAGAUCGUAGCAAAAGCUAGAGAUCAGAUAAGAAUGGACAUUAACCAAAAAUAUCACAUUCUUAUAGAGAAACUAGUGGAAGUUGAAAAGUCGAUCGAAAAUACGAAAUCUGAAGCUGCGUCUGAAGAAGAAAGCGAGAUGUCCACUGGAGGAAAGGUGUUGAUUGGAGUUGGUUUAGCAAUUGGCAUCCCGGUAGUUGUAGCGCUUGGAAUAGCACUUAUACCAAUUACUCUUCCGGCUACCAUCGCAGUCUUUUGGAAGAAAUCAAAAGCGAUUUCAAGGCUUUUAGCCCACCAGGAAGAAUUGAAAGACGAAUGUUUAAAGAUUAUGUUGAAACAGGCUAAUAAAGAUGUGUUUCAUAAAUAUGUGAAUGAACACUAUCUUCCACAGCUCCAAAAACAAAUGGAGUAUAUUUCGAAUGAAAUUCCAAGGAAAAUAAAAGGUUUGAAACAACUGGUAAAUGAUAUGCAGAACAAGCGACUGAGUUCAAAGGAGAUUAAAGAAAUGUAUGAACCAGCCCUGGAGAGUAUUGGAAGUAUGCUCUUUACUUUGCAAAAGUUUGAUCUAACACAUAUUUCAGAAUGGAAUAUUGAUGUCGGGAGACUCAGGAUAACACAAGAAAUAUGUACGAGUGAUUCUGUCAGCGUGUAUGCGGCUGAACUAUGCUCAAAUGAAGAAGAAAGUACAGUAGUUAUCAAACUUUUGCAAGAAGCCACACCACAAACAUAUUUGAAGACAGUUGAAGCAUUAAGCGUUUUAAGAAAGACGAACCAUAAAAAUGUGGUUGCCUUCAUUGGAUUCUGUUACACGGAUUGCAUGCCUGCAAUCGCGUCAAGGGACUGUAUUUCAACAACGUUGCAGUUUAGAAAUUCGCGACUGAUGACAGUUUUUGAAAUGUGUGAUACAACGUUAGAAGAUUACGUGCGUGAUAAUAACGACCUCGUGUGCGGAAAAACACAGAAAAGAACAUAUGAGAAAAGCGCACUUCAAUUCUUUUGCACAACUGGUCUGUCAAUCUGUGCAGGAAUGGUACACAUGUACGAACAGGGACUUUUGAACAUCUUUAUAAAUCUGAACAACAUUAUGAUUAAGAAUGAGCACGUCAAAAUCAACCCAUCCAUGAGCGGUUCGAUUUCAAUAAAUCAACGGGAAUGGCCAAGAGCUCCUGAGUUGGCAACUGGACAGUACACUAACGAGACGGAUGUGUUCUAUUUAGGGAAAGUGUUAUGGGAGCUGUGGUAUGGAAGAAAAGCGAAUGGGCCCACUUGCCGCUCAGCAGAAGAAUACGAGAGGCUUCCAGACUGUAAAUUGAAGCACGCUAUGCCCGAAAAACUCGCGAAAAUUGUUUGUAAAUGCUGGGAGGCGGAUCCAAAGCAACGACCUUCCAUGGACGAAUUGAUGGCAGUUCUUGGCCAAGUUCAAGUAAUGUAGAAACAGCCAACGCUCAUCGAUUAUUCGAGUUAUUGUAUCAAUUUUGUCAAAAUCAACAUUAUUUGUGAUAUUGUGCAAUUAUACAUGCAUCUGCAAUGUACGUCGGGUAGCCGAUUUGUUUAUAAUUGGUGUUAUCUUUUAAUGAUUGUAUGUUUAUUUGUAAUGUUAAAUUUAGUUUAUAGAUAUAUGCAUUCUUAUUUGCUGUUAUGUUUACUAACCUAUAUAUGUGAGCUUAACGUGUCUUAAUGUUUUGCCUUUAUUUUUAUAAUGUUAACUAGUUGUGUAUUUAUAGUAUCUAAGUGUGAAUACCAUUUUACAAUAGCAGAAAAUGCGUGAAUUUAACAUAAAUAAAAAAUGCAUUUAUGCUUUUUAUAUUUUAUUGGAGACAUGUUUGUUAGUAAACUUUGCCAAACGAAUGUUUAUACUCACGUUGAACAAUAAACAUUUCAUUAAGAAAGGUUAAAGUCACAUGUAUAGAUAAGAAAAGUAACUUUUCUGUUGUAGUGUGCUAUGUGCUUGUACUUGCUAUUUGAACACUGACACACAAUGAACACAUCUUUUUAAUUGUUCUGCAUUUUUAUGCAUAUAAACGUUUUUG